AGUGAUUAUUCUUUCAUAACCUUUAAUUGUUCCAAUUUUGGACGUUCUUUUUUAUAUAAAGAAUAAAGAAUGAUGAAUUAAAUAAAUAAUUAUUUUAUAUUUUAUUGGAUAGUAAAAUGAGUUUACACGAUUAUAAAGAGAAAUGUGAGUGUGCCGAGGACCACGAUGACUUACUUAAUUUUUUACAAACUAUUGUCGACCAGGCAUGCUCUUAUAAGGAUAGGUAUUUUGAAACGCAUAAAAUACAAGAUGCCAUCAACAAAAAUUCAGACAUCGCCUCCUUGAUAAAUAAGAAUGUAGAGAUUUUUAAUAAACACGAAAAGUUAGGACUGAAAAUUAGUAAAGCUUACUAUAACUUUUUAAAGGGGAAAUUACUUAAUGUGUACCCAACGUAUUCUCAAGAUGCCGAAUUAUUGCUAUCAAAGGCAAUUAAGUUGGAUCCUAAGCUAGUCGAUGCAUGGAAUGAAUUAGGGGAAUGUUAUUGCAAAAAUGAUGAUUUAGUGAAAGCUAAAAGUUGCUUUGAAGGUGCCCUUAAGGAGAAAAGAAACAAAAUUUCACUAAGAAAUUUGUCUAUUUUGAUCAGACAAGAAAAUUACACUACCAGGGAGCAAAAAAUAGAGAACAUUGAGAAGGGUUUAAGUUUUGCAAAGGAAGCAAUACAGUUAGACCCAUAUGAUGGUUUAUCAUGGGCUAUAUUAGGAAAUGCUUAUCUAUCUCACUUUUUUGGUAUUCAACAACAUCCAAAUACACUAAAACAGUGUCUAAGUGCCUACAGUCAGGCAGAAAAAGAUAUAGUUGCCAAAAGCACAUCGGAUUUGCAUUAUAAUAAAGGAAUAACAUUCAAAUAUCAGGAAGAAUACAAAUUAGCUCUAGAAUCUUUUAACGAAGCUUCUCUUUACGAUCCUACCUGGGAGCAACCUGGAGAAAAGGAGAAGCAACUGCUCAGGUACUUACAGGAAGUUCAGGAUCUGGUUACAACUAAAGGGAAGCUUAAACCGAAGAAAUUACAUCAGAUAUUAACAUCAAUAGACUCAAAACAGUUGGGGCCUUAUGGAGGUGGUAGUUAUAUCUCAUCUAAAGGAGAACAAGCAAAACUGACUGAAAUAUCAUACAACAGCAUGAAACCUGGAUUAAAUGAAGAAAAAGUUAUAUUGGGGAAAGUUAUCUGUUCUGUAAGGAAUGAAGAUACCGUUCCAUUCACAUUUUGUUCAGUAGAUAAAAAUGGAAGUAUUAUUGUAACGACUGUUUUUAAUUUGGCUGACGGAAAAGGGGUGAUUAUUGGUGAUUCAGUUGCAAUUCCCGAACCUUUUGUUACAGAUGUCAAUUUUAGUUAUAAAGACAAUAAUUUCUCGUUUAGAAUGGUUAGAGUAGAAACUCCUGUGAUAAUGGUGGUAAAUUCAAAAAAGUUGGGUAGAAAUUUACAAGCUGGUGUGCAGAUGUCCAUAUCAAGAAAAUUUGACUGACGUUCUAAUCUUUAUUUAAAUUAAUAUUUGUAUAAGAUUUUUUUACUCUGAUCUUAAUUUAUAUUUUUAUGUUUUUGUUAUAUUGCUUACGUGUAAUACUUUUUUCUAAUAAAAAUUCUAACAAACUACAA